AUGGGGGGGGGUGUUCUUGGUCUCUUCGCAUACGUGAACAUGCGCGAGGGCAAGACCGACCGCAAGCCCGGGGACUUCGGGCUCCGCGGCUUCUACCCCAGCGACCCCAAGGGCCAGUAUGAGAUGCAGGUGAAAGAGCUUCGCAACGGACGACUGGCAAUGCUGGCCUACUCAGGCAUCGUCACUUCCGCUGUCCUGACGCAGGAGAAGUGGCCUUUCUUCGAUGUUGUCCUGAACGCCGUGGCCAAGGAUGACCAGGCCUCUUCCUUCUGCGGUGCCGCUGCGGCCAGCCGCCCUGGGGCACGCACGGUGUGCCGGGCCUCUUCCAGCAAGAGCCUUCCCUUCCUGCCCAAGCCUCAGAAUCUCGGCGGCCUGAUCGGUGGCGAGGCCGAGUUCGACCCUCUUGGCUUCUCCGACCUGAUCGACAUCAAGUGGCUGCGCGAGUCCGAGCUCAAGCAUGGCCGCGUGUGCAUGCUGGCGACCAUCGGCUUCGUCGCAGAGCAGUACUGGCAGCUCCCGGGCUUCGAUGCGGCACCCGAUGCCCUUCAGGCCAUCUACGUCGCCCCGUUGAACGCCACGGGCGUGCUGCUCUUCUUGGCGGGCUACAUUGAGAGUGCCAGCUACGGCGGCAAGAUCACGAUGCUGGACAUGUUCGAGGGCGAUGGCGCGAGCCGUGCGCCUGGAGACCUGGACUUCGGCAAGAGGUUCCUCCCGCAGGACAAGGCAGCGGCCGAUGAUCUGGCCUUGAAGGAGCUGACCAACGGACGCCUCGCCAUGCUGGCCUUCUCAGGCAUGGUCCAUCACAAUCUCAUCGUCAAGGGCCCGCUCUUCCCGCUCUUCCCCGAGGGCUACACAGGGCCCCAGGGCUCCUGGGACCUCGACAGCGUGGCGGGCGCACUGAACAGCGGCCGCAUGGGGCUCUAA